AAGUCAUAUAGUCAACCAAAGGAAAUGUCAUUUAAGAUUCCGCAAACCGGUAUACAGCGGAAAUUAUUGGAUAUUAAUUUAGAUGAUAUUCAAAACCAUCAAAAUUCACAUGAUUUCAGUUUACAGCUCAAUAGCAACAUGCAUCAGUCUAAAGAUGAAUUUGAAAACCACGUGAAUCAAAGUUACUCAGAAUAUAAUUCAGCUUUCUGGACUUCACUCCGUAAUAUUUGGAAGCAUCCUGACCGUGAAGAAACAAACUUAAUCACAGAUAAAGAUGACGAACAUAUGGAUGAGUUAAAACUAAGCAAUCUGCUAAGCGAUAUCAAUGAGACCACUGAUUAUCUAAUGAACAAGAUAAAUAGUUCGGAAAAAAUAAUCGGUGUAAAUCUGAACAACAAUGUAAUUAAAACCACAUCAGAGUCAGUGAAACAACUGGUUAAUGAGAAGAAUAAUAUUGUCGAUAAACAAAAUUACUUAAAUGCUUUCUCAGAGAAAAUAAAAAAAUUUCCCCUUUCUAUUACUCAAAGUUUAGACAGAAUUUUUUCGAAAGUCAAUUCUAUAGCUGAUGAAGCUAGCAAAUGUGAUCGUUUACUUACUUCAUCUCAUGACGAAUUAAAACACGCAGUUGUGCUUUUACGAAAUAAUUUCAGAUCUUUAAAAGAAAGCAGCAAUCGAUUUGAAUUUAGAUCUCGUGGAAAUAUGUACAGUAAUGAAAUUUCAACUCUAAAUAAGAAACAGUCAACACUUGGCCCCAAUAAUUACACGUUUUCUAGCACAGGAUCCACACACUCUAUACAUAUGAAGUUCCGGACACCUCUUUCGAAUGCUGCAAGAAAGCCUAACAUUCGAUCUGUACCAAGGUUGACAAAUGAUUUCCGGGAACAAAAAACAUAUAAAGAAGAUUAUGAAAAUCACAGGACCAGGAAAAUGAGAGAACUUCAACCAAAAACUGGACCUAAUUAUUACGAAAACAUGGAUUGUUACGUACAUUCACCUGGAAUGACAUCUGACAGCAGUGACUGUGUAUCUUUAUCUAGUAUACUUGAUAUGUAAAUUUUUUAAGUUAAUAUUUUCAAUUUUUGACGUACUACGGUUAUAAUAAAAAUAAACUACGCAACAUGACAGCAG